UCCAUUUUCGAAACCAAACACAGCCUAGGGUUUUCGCUUCUGUGUGUGUAUCUUCUGAAAAACUCCCGAAGCCCGCAAAAAGUCCAACCUUUUACACCUUACAAUCCUCACAUCAACUACCCUUUUCUUCUUCUGCUAACAAUUUUCCAAUUCCCAGUCACAACCAAAAAAACAAAAACAAAAAUCACUAUCACUCUCUUUCUCUCUCUCUCUCUCUCUUUCAAUGGGUUCAGAAGAAUCAGACCCAGAAGUAGAGAUGUCUUCACUGAUAAAGCAGCUAGCAAAUUGCAACCAAACAGCCCGAAACAAAGCUCUCCGUCUCCUCCUCAAAACGUGGCUUCCUUCCCAGCAAAGUCUCUCCGAAGAAGACCUCAAAAAGCUCUGGAAAGGCCUCUUCUACUGUGUUUGGCACGCUGACAAUCACUUGUUCCAGUCUCAACUCAUCGACAGACUCUCCUCUCUCCUCCUCCGCCUCCCGCUGCCGCUUUCCUUCCGCUACUUGGCUUGUUUUCUUCUCACCAUUCGCCGCGAAUGGCCCGGUAUCGACGCGUUGAGGUUAGACAAGUUCUAUCUCUUGAUUCGGAGGUUUUUGCAUUAUUCGUUUGUUUUGUUGAAAACCCAGAAGUGGGAUUUGGGUGUUUGUGUGAAAUUCGUGGAUUUGUUGUUGGAGAACACUGUUUAUGCUAAUGAUAAGUUUAGGGGCAAUGGGGUUAAUUACCAUGUCGUGUCUGUGUUUUUGGAGGAGCUUCGGGCUUUUCUUCCGGUGAGGGCUGAGGUUGUUGGGGUUUUGUUGAAGCCUUUUGUUUCGGUUAUGGGGAAAUCGGGGGAUAAGGUUUUGUGUAAUAAGAUUAAGGGUUGUGUGUUUGAUGUGUUGGUUAAGAUGGGUGUGAAGUUGCUGGAGGUUAAGAAAGUUGGAGGAGCUGAGUGUGAGGUUGAUUCGAGGGAGGAUUUUGUGGUGUUUGGGACAAUUGCGUUGACAAUGGGGUUUUCGAAGGAGUUUUAUGAAAUGGGUUCCUCGGCUGAGUGCCUUCAGGGGAAUAGGAAGGUGUUGUUUGGUUUGUAUGAGGCGUUUUCUAAGUUGGAGAAGGAUUUUGCAGCCUCUGGGAUUGAGGUUUCGAUUCCUGAUAUUGUUGAAAAUGACGAGGAUGAAGAAGUGCCGACUUUGGUUCCUAUUGCUCCUGAGGUGAAAAUGGGUGGCGAUGCUGUAAAUGGGUGUGCCGAUGAUGAUAAGGCUUUGAAGAAGUGCAAGAAUAAGGAUAAGAAGAAGAAAGAUUCAAGUGGGAGUGGCAAAACGAGUACGAAAAAGAAGAAGAAACAGAAGAAUGAGAUUUCUGAUAUGAUUAUAGAGAAUGGUCCUACAGGGGUAGAGAAUGAGAAUGUAGUUAUUGCAAAUGGUGACAAUUCAGUUGAUGAAAUUGUUUCAGAUGGAAGUUUGAUAGAAUUUAAUGAGUCUGUGAUUUCAAACCUCCAGAUGCAGUUUGAGAAGGUGGCUGCUGAAGCGGGUUUGGAAAAUGAUGUUGCUAGUGCCCGCAAUUUAGCUAAAAUUAAAGUUAAUGGUACUGUAUCUAAGAAGAGAAAGAGAACCAAGAGUAUGGAUGGGAAGCAAUCCCAAAAUCACGAGCUAAAUACUGAAGGGGAUGCUGAAGGCGGCAUGACUGCAAAGAGUGGGGAGAAGAGUGCGAAGAAAGUAAGGUUUUCCAUGAAGAAUAACUUGGUGUGGAAGCCCCAGAGUCCAUUACCUCCACAAAGUGUGAGAAUUCCUCCCUCUGUUACUCCAAGAGGAAGUGCACUGAAGAAAGGGGUACCUCCAGGUCCCAUCAGGGAGAUGCUUCCUGCAACGAAGAUGAUGAAAAAGAGAGCUGUUGCUGUAAAGAAGGUCCGGAAGGGGAAAAAAAGCAUUUCUCCUGCCGCCAAACGUGUGAAGAAGUUGAAAUCUCGUUCUCCUUAGUAGUUGAAAUCUCAUUCUACUUAUUAUAUGCUGCUCCUAGACAAAAGAAAAAAAGGGGAAAGGAAAAAAAACAGGUAGUUUUUAUGCUGUAGGUUUUUGUUUUCUUGGAACAAACUUCUCAUAUGUUUGGUUGUCAUACUCCUACCCUUGAAGAUUCUGACAUCUUUUGCUCAGCUUUUAUUGCCUGGUUUCUAUUGUCUUCAGACUAUUGAAGUUUAUUUUUUCAUUUGUUCAUCAAGUGGAAAUCCAAUGUUACAUUUUGAUGCUAA